GCCGACCAAGAUGGCGGAUAGCUUGAAGCAAUGCUUGUGCUCUGUUUUGAGUCGCAGGAAAAUUAAAACCGAAUAAUUUGCGUUAGGUUCGUUGCAAAUGCUUUUAAACUAAUGCGUCCAUUUAAUUUUUCUGGAAUCGACCCAUUGGUGGAAAUUAUCAAAGCUUCGGAGAGGUGACAGUUAAUUGAAAACGUCGUAGUUUGGAGCCAUCGGAAGUUUGGUUGCAUUCUUGAACGUAGGGGAAUUUGCAUUAGACCAUUCCUGGACGGAAUGAACGUUUAAAUGGUUGUUCAACAACUUUUGGACGAGGUAAGCAGUGAAUUUUAUUUAAAACCAUCCAGGAAAUUUUCUUGAUUGUCAAUGUAUUCUGUAGAUAGUUCAGUUUCCGAUCGAUCUAUGUAAUUUGAAAGCUAGGCGAGAGGACAGAAGCUUAUUUUUUGAUACUUUCGUUACAUGUAACAGCCUCCUCUUGUCCAAGCCUGCUUUCGUGGCGAUGCAGCGGAGUUGCGAACAUUAAUAAACAGAAGGGAGGAUGUUAACCUUCAGGUAAAUAAAAAAACUUUUAAUCUCAAACUUUGUAAGCUUAUUUUUUCUACCUUAUUCUGUUUAAUUUUUGUUCGUGCUCCUGAAAAGAAAUUUUUCGUGUUAAAUCAAGCAAUCUCUGGGAAUAUCUUAUCAAAUAUUUACAAACCACAAGCAAGUUGCAAUUAAUUAAAUGUUGUUAUGUGCGGUUAAUUUGGACUUACAAGGGUAAAAAUUGUGGAGCUGAAAUUUUGUUAGAGAGAGGUUGGAAUAGCAGAAAUGAAAUAAGAAGUGGUACGACAUACAGUUGUGUAGUCUCAUUUUAUAACAUCAAGAAAUUUUUUCAGCAGUGUUUAGAAGAUAGAGUGUGGUGCAUUUUCCUUAUUUUUGAAUUCUGAAUAUUAUUGAACUUGUCGGUUUUACCACAGUUAUGGGUGAUAAUAAUAAUGACUGUAUCUGUUUGUAUGCCUAUUAUCAAUAUAAUUAAUAAUAUUUAAAUUUGCUAGGCACCGAAACAAAAGAACUCUUCCUUUUGAGAGCCAAAAAGUCUCUGGCUGGCUAAUUAACAUCAGUGGUUGAUUAUUUAAGUGUCUGACGGCAAAAGAAAAAUGAGAGGAAAGAGAGGGAUUUUUGCAGGCCUCUGCAUUUUCUAUCAUGUAUGAACUGGUGUUUCCCAAACAACCAGUAAAGUUUUAGUCAUGUGCAAGACAACUUACAGAGCCUGUUUGCAUGAUAACUGUAGGCACCGAAAUUCCCGGUGCACACUCUAAACAGGGCAUGCGCAUUCCACAUUAAACAAAACUGGUUUUGAAAACCGGUAAGUUUCGGUUACAAAAUAAAAAUGUGGUCAGCAGUUAUACAAAACAAUGUCUCAGAGGACUGCAGAGGUCUCUCUUUUCCCUUUCCUUCUUGCUGUGAAUGACCUACGCUAGCAGGGAACUGUUGUUCUGAAGAUACUUCAUGUAGGUUUCAGUGCCGAUUGGUAGAAUUUUUAAUUACAAAGAUCAGCUAACUGAAAAGUAUCAGUAAAUGGUAGUUUAGCUUCACAAAGUGUGACAAUACACCACAUGUACAAUGGACAUUUUUAAUAUAUGGUGUACCAUUUUGUUUAAUUUUUCAGACUAUGUACAAACUCAAACAACACAAUAAUGCAAACUAUUGAAAAAUGCCUGGUGGUGUUAGACAAUAAAAAGCCACCUUAAGUUACAAACAUACAAAAUUUAUGUACUCCACUACAUUCAUGUUUUGCAGGUACAUUGUAUCUUUUUGUGUAUAUAAUUUAUUGCUUUCCUGUGAUAAACCACAGUCACAUUUUCAAAGCGAUUGGGUGAUAAACCAAUAUUCAAAAGUAGCAGCUGUAUAAUCAUGCUCCUACCAAAGGCGUGAUAAACAAGGAUAAACAAGUGGAUUAUAUUUAAGACUGUAUACAGCUAAGCCUUGACGUUGUGCUCUGUGAUUGCGUAAACCGCAACUGUAUGGAGAUAACAGUGGUUGUGGAAAAUGUUUAUUACUUUUACGUAAUUUGAGCAGACAUAUAAAAUAGCCAACAAAUUCAUCAGGAAUACACUCAAACUGAAUAGUCUGUCAUAUAAGGUGCUUAUCUUACACGUUUUCUUCCGCUAAAUAAUAAUUAUAAACUGUACCAAUCCAUAGAUUGGCUGGUACAUAAAAGCCAUGUCAUUGAGCAUUAUGAUGCACCUAUUUGACAGUUUUAUAGUGUAAAAUCCCUGAAAGAGUUCUCCUUGUGCAUUAGAAUGUCCUUAUUGUAUAGCAAUAAGUAAACUGUUUCAAAUGUUUUACACCGUUGAAGAUCUGUGACCUGUCACUCCUUCCAGUUUUUCUGUUGGUUUUACUCUUGAUGUGGUUGCUCAAUGCUCAUUCUCUUCUUGUGCUGUGAAAUUAAACGAUCUCCAGUUUGUUGUUCACCUGUCACACGUGGCACAUAUUCCUCUGAAUUGCCUUAUGUCUCUUCGCCAAAACCGGUGUUACUCCAGUUGACAAUCAAAGCAAAGUGGUUCUUUUUGCACUCUAUAUCAUCCAGGUGAAUUAAAAUAUAUUUUAUUAAAGCAACCUACAUGUAUACACUCAUUCUCAAGGCUGCAUUUCGCAGCAACAAAAGCGUAGAAACAUUUGUGAUGGGAGCCUUACUUGACAGUUUAAUUGGUGGAGGGCAGAUCAGUGGCAUCAAAGGCAUGUCUCCAGGCUCUGCCACCCAGCUCUUUCCCAUACUACCACUCCGAUCUCCUUUUUCACCUUUUUCCCCUCUGCGGAGCCUGGUCUCAGGCUAACAUUUAUUAGAGAAAUUUAGAGUCUAGUUUACAGCAAGUGAUAAUGAUAACACAGUUAUAUGUGUAGUAAUCAUUAAUUUGCUUCUAUAAUUUAGGAUGAGGAAAAGAGAACUGCUUUACAUGCAGCGGCACAUUGUGGGGAAAGUGAGUGUGUCAGUAUUCUUAUUACUCAUGGUAAGUGACAACAUCAUACAUUGUGACAUAUGGUAAAAAUAGGGCCAACCUGCACCUUUUCCAGAGAAGGUUUGUUAUUGGCUGGGAAAACAAUAGGGAUGGUGACAACAAUGUCCCUAUCCCUAGAAACAAUAGGUAGUGCAGGUGAUAGGGACCAAUGAAAUAAGAGGUUUGGAUGGGUGCAGGUCUAUCAUAAAAAUACAUUAGUGUGAUCUCUAUUUCCAUGUAACAUGGGAAGCCAUAAAAAUAUAAUUCAACAGGAAUGUUUCUAUAAAUUUGUCAAUAGUCAAUAGAUAAAUAAACAACUUCUAUGUCUUAGGUCUAUGUGAGGGUGAAGAGUUGGGUUUCUUUUGGUACAAAGUCAGAGCUGGAGCUGUUAACAGAAACACAGAGUACAUUGUAUCGUGGCCUAGUGAAGUUGUACAUUUGUAUGCAGGGUUUCCAACUUUGGGAUGGGAUGGUGCUAAGAAACCUUAGUGCAAGAAGUUAUUGAAAUUAUUUCAGGAAAUGAAAGUGUUUUAUUCACCAAGGUCUUGUACAGUAAACUCUGAUAAUACAAUGUACAUGACCCUGAGAAAUUGCUUUGUACCAAACUCCCUGCUAUGAGAAACAAUAAUUUUUUGGGCCCCAGUUACCAUAACAUCAGACCCCAAUAGUGAUGCCCUGUUGUCCUAAGUAAUUAUUGCAUUUUAUCACUCCUUUGCUAUCUCUGUAAAUAGAGCUCCUAUUGUACCUUACACUUUUCUCUGCUUGCAGUAUUGUAAUGAGAUAAUUCUGACUAAAUAGAUAAUUCAUACAUUGUAUUUCAGGAGCCAGAGUGAACACAAAGGACAACAAGUGGAUGACUCCUUUACAUCGGGCAUGUGCUUCUGGGAGUGUGGUAAGCUCAGUGUUAAUUAGUCAAAAUGGGUCAUAUGUUCCACAUGGCAUUUUAAAUUGGGUCAUUUCAGUAAUGGUCUGGGUCAAACUAUGAUAAUCUAAACUGUUGUUUCAUAAUGAAACAAAUACAAAAGAACAAAACAAAAAAAUGAAAUGUGAAUCGAUCAGCAAAGCAACAUAUGCAGAAAGUCGAAAUGUACAUUCCAGUCUCUCCUGGAAUUGCGUGGAACACCUGACCCAAAAACCUCUUUUACGCAGGUCGCCCGAAAUGACAGUCAUUUUGUGCUCUCAUUUCGGGCUUGUAAGCUCACCUAUUUUGCCAAAUUUGCUUUUAUUAUUGCAACCUAGAUUGAACACUGUAAGCUACAUGGAAAUUUGACAUUAAGUGUCUUAAAGUGGUGUUGUUGUUAUGGUUUGGCCAUUUUUGUUUCAAAAUGUUAUUUUUAGUUGAAGUCACAUGUAAUACUCAGUGGUAUUGCAAUAAAUUAUUUUGUCACCAUUUUUUAGGAGUGUGUGAAAGCUUUGGUAAAAAGUUCAGCUGAUGUCAAUGCAAGAGACAAAAACUGGCAAACCCCUCUUCAUGUGGCAGCAGGCAACAAUCAUAUCAGAUGUGCUGGUAUGUUCAAAAUUGGACAUUCUGAAACUAUGUAAUGUGAAAAAAUAAAUCUGUUAUUUUGCUAAAUUUCAUAAGUUCAAGGCUGUGUAGGCCUCUGUUGGCUCUCAAAACUGUUAUCUCAGCCACACACUGUACAUCCUGUAUGUUGAGAGUUGAACAAUGAAUUACAGUACAAACGUAAAAACAGUGUACCAAAGCUGGCUUAUCUUGACUACAAAACUGUAAAAAAGUUCAGAGAGACCAACAUUACUUUUACUAACUGUUUGACUUAAAAAGUUAAGUGGAAGACAGAGGUCAAUUUAAUAAAACUUUUACAAGUCUAAUUUACAAGUGUGGCCAUUGUUUUAGCAUCUAAAAACAAUAGCUACACUUGUAAUAAUUUUUUUAGAUUGAAGCCAGGUUACAAAUUCCUCAUUAUCUGUACAUGUACAUUUCUCUAGAAAGAGGGUUGGAGAACAUUAUUUGCAAUACAGCAAGACAUUCCUAGUGGGUUUAAUGAUUGUUUUCUGUGAAUACUCUUA